GCAAUUCCUAAAAACAGCUGAGGUAAACAAUAGUGUUUUUUCAGUUUUGUUGUGUAUUUGUUACAAGUUUUAUAAUUCCUAUAAAAAAAUAGCAAAUAAUUAACUUAAAAUGGAUGAAGCCGAUUUAACAAAAAAAGCCAUUGAAGAGCUAAUGCGUGAAAUGGAUGAGUAUAAGGAAUUUGGAAAAAUACCCACAGAAAGAAAAAAGAAUCCCUUGGGGCAACCAAAUAACGUUUUCUAGGACGAACUAUUAAUUCCAUGAUGACUCACAAUAAACGACAAAGUGAUCGUAAUCAUCAAAGAUGUCAAAGAAAACUUAAAGAAUUGGCUAAAAAAAGGAGACGAGAAUUUAGAAAUCAGGCGAGACCAAUAAGACCUAGUGAUGCAGAGAGUUCCAAUAUAAUAAGUAGUGAUAGUGAAGAAGAGUACACAAAGAAAAAAAGUAAAAGUGUAAAGAAGAAAAAGAAAAAAGGCGCAAGAAAAAGCAAAAGUCUUCCUCGUCCUCUUCCUCUCCUCAUCGACGUCCUCCUCAAGCAGCAGUAGUAGCAGUAGUGAAACAGAGUCAAGUAGUAGUAGCUCGAAUUCUAAGCAUAAACAUCGCAAAAAGAAAAGACUAAAAAGCCUGUCAAAGAGGAAGAAUAUGCAGAAGAUUACUACAAAGAUUAUCCAAAUGAAACGGGUUACUAUGUUAAUCCCAAUAUGGCUUAUGCUGUCAUGGCUUAUAAUCAAAUGAAUCAUUUGCUACAGCAACAGCAAAGGGCACAACAAGAAAUGGUUAAGGAGGAAUUGGAAGAUAGUGUAGAAAUACCAAGUGAUCUUAGUUUAUCGGAGCACUCCGAAACCGGUUUGAAUAUAAGUCUAAAUAGUUCAUCUGCCGAAGAAGAUGAAAAUGGUAUAUUAACCUUCAAAUUGUCCUCAGAUGAAGAGGGAAAACCACAUAACUCCGAUCAGGCGAAAGAAGAUUUAAAAAAAAACAUGAUUCUCCUGUGGAGAGCGAGGAUAGCGAUAGAGAGAGCAUACAAUCACACAUAUCUUUAGAAUCAGAAGAUUCUCAUAAAUUUGCUAAUAAGGAAUGCAAUGAAAUAUGCUUAUUAAGUAGUUCGGCAUCGGAUUCUGAAGAUUUGGAAAUAAUAGAAACGAUAACAGAAAAAACGAAUAAAUUAUUGGAGAACGAAAUAAAUCUUAAGGAGGACGCAACAGCAAAUGAGAGUGUGA